CACCUGAGGAUGGAAUAACAAUUGUCACUUCUGGGCGGGAACAAAACUUUAGACUUGGGAGCGGAUAAUAAACACAUCUGAAUAAAGAGACAAAUGUUUCCUCUCUUGCUUUUGGCCUACGUCGUGGCUGUCAAGGUUUUCAAGAAAACCACCCCGAAUGGGAAGGUCACCGUCUACCUCGGCAAACGAGAUUUCAUAGAUCAUCUCGAUCAUUGUGAACCUAUUGAUGGCGUAGUUGUUGUCGAAAAUGAUUACCUCCAGGGUCGCAGAGUUUACGGUCAGAUCAUCACGACCUACCGCUAUGGACGCGAAGAGGAUGAGGUCAUGGGUGUCAAGUUCAGCAAGGAGAUGGUCCUCCUCCGGGAGCAGAUCGUCCCCGUGAAGAAGGAGAAGCAGGAAGCGACUCCAAUUCAGGAGCGCCUCCUGAAGAAACUGGGCCCCAAUGCCUUCCCCUUCACCUUCCAGUUCCCUCAGAACUCCCCCAGCUCUGUGACCCUCCAGCCGGGCGAAGAUGAUCAGGGCAAGCCCCUCGGUGUCGAGUACACCCUCAAGGUAUUCGUCGGGGAGAAUGAGGAGGAGAAGACCCACAAGCGAUCGACCAUUGCCCUUGCCAUCAAGAAACUUCAGUUUGCCCCCAUCUCACGCGGACGUAGACUCCCCAGCUCCCUUGUCUCCAAGGGCUUCACUUUCUCACAGGGUAAACUCAACUUGGAGGUGACCCUUGAUAAGGAGAUCUAUUAUCAUGGUGAGAAAAUUGCUGCCAAUGUUGUCAUUACUAAUAAUUCCCGGAAAGCUGUGAAGAACAUCAAAAUGUUUGUCGUGCAACACUGCGAAGUGACAAUGGUCAACACCCAGUUCUCGCGCCACGUAGCGAGCCUGGAGACACGAGAAGGCUGCCCCAUCACCCCGGGAGCCAACUUCACCAAGCAAUUCUACCUCGUGCCCCUCGCCAGCAGCAACAAGGACCGUCGUGGCAUUGCCCUCGAUGGACAUCUCAGGGACGACGACGUCAACCUCGCUUCGUCCACCCUCGUUGCUGAGGGCAAGUGCCCAGCUGAGGCUAUGGGUAUCAUCAUCUCUUACUCCGUGAGAGUAAAACUCAACUGUGGGACACUCGGAGGAGAACUCGUGACUGAUGUGCCAUUGAAACUCAUGCACCCAGCACCUGGUGCCGUGGAACGUGAGAAGGCUCAGAUGAAAAAGAUGAAGAGCGUUGAUCGUGCACGCUACGAGAACUCGUGCUACGCAAACGACGACGACGACAACAUUGUCUUCGAGGACUUUGCCCGCCUUCGUCUCAACGAGCCCGAGUAAACAGACAGCAUGAUCGAUAAUAAAAAAUAAUGAAAUGAAAAAAAAAAACGGGUCAGAGACACCUGAUUACUCUGAAAGAACGCGACCAAGUGAUUUUCCAUCGCUUGGCUGCAGUAUCCAGAGGUCUUUUUCAUUCAUCGAGGAAUUAGAAUACGAAAUAUAAUUAUCAGGCUUGUAUUAUUUUCAUGGUGCUGUUAAUGACUUGGCCACUGGAGUUCUUUCGGAGUAAUCAGCUGUGAUAGAAAAUAAAACGCGGGGAAGGGUAAUCAAAAUUUGAAAAUUAAGAAACAAUUAAUGCAAUAAGUUCUCUGGAUUUUCGAUUAGUCAUAAUGGAAAAGGUAUUUAAUCAAAACGGAAAAAUAUGAAAAAUAGAAAAAAAAACAGUAAAACAAAAAAUAAGUAAUAUUUAAUCGUCUCUGAAUUUUCAUUCGAUGGUGGUGGUCGAAUGGAAAUUCCACUGAUUACUGAGACGAUAAAAAAAAAACUGAAGUGAGCUUAAGUAUUGUAUCCCCUUUUAAGUUUUAAAAAUAACUUUUCCCGUUUUUCCAGAAGUGACUAUUAUUCUUUCUUAAUUUAAUUCAUUUCAUAUUUAAUGGAUAUUUAUUCAAUUUAUUUAUGAACAAAUGAAUACUGUGUUGAUACCUUGUAUUGUUGAAUUAAAUGUUAUCUGUUAGAAAGAGAAAAAAAAUAUAAGACCAAUUAAAAAAAGACAAUUAUCCUCA